CAGAAGGGUUCCUCACUGUUUGUAAUCCGUUAGAGAUACGAACGAAACGGCGUUAUCCUACUGUGGUUGCAAAGUCCUUCUUAGCUACUCUAUCCUUCGUGUUUUUAAGUUCCACCCGAGACCUUCCAAAUGCCUGUCGAGGAGAACAGCCAGCCGAAGGCGUACGGCAAUUUCAGGCUCAUGACCACCUCGCUCUCAAACAACACAAUACCCGUCUACAAAUACGUCUCGGAAAAAACCGGCUUAACCGUCGUUAUCGGCGAAAUUGAAGGCCCCCUGGUCAACGGAUACAUCUGUUUCGGGACCGAGGCUCACGACGAUGACGGCCUUCCUCAUACGCUCGAACAUCUCAUUUUCCUUGGCAGUGAGGAUUAUCCGUACAAAGGUGUGCUGGACCUUCUCGCCAACAGGUGCCUCGCCUCUGGCACCAACGCCUGGACUGAUACUGACCACACCUGUUACACAAUGACUACAGCAGGUGAAGCUGGUUUCUUGUCUCUUUUGCCCAUCUAUCUCGAUCAUGUUUUCUUCCCCACUCUUACUGAAUCAGCCUUUAUAACUGAAGUUUAUCACAUUAACGGUGAAGGAAAAGAUGGCGGCGUCGUCUUUACCGAAAUGCAAGGAGUGGAAAACACAGCCGAAGAAGUUGUCUCGUGUAACAUGCUCAAGUUGGUUUACCCUGGCAAAUGCGGAUACAAAUCGAGAACUGGAGGCGUCAUGGAAAAUUUAAGAACAAGCACCAACAAUGAUAAAGUCAAGGCUUACCACAAACAAUUUUACAGGCCAGAAAAUUGUUUUAUAAUUAUUGCGGGUUGUACUAAUCCCCUCAAUGUUCUCAAAGUUUUAGGGCCGAUCGAGGAAAAAAUACUGAGCAAAGGGGAUAGAGGAGGAUAUGUAAGACCUUGGCAAAGCAUUGUACCUCCAUUGCUUGAAAGCACUGAGUUGGAGGUCGAAUAUCCGUCCGAUGAUCAAUCAAACGGCAUGGUCCAUAUUGGUUGGAGGGGACCAUCAGUUGUCAAAGAAUAUUACAAGUUUAAUGCGCUUUCAACAUUAUUAAAGUAUUUAACGGAUACACCAGUCAGUCCACUUCCAAAAGCUUUUGUCGACAUUCAAGAUCCUUAUUGUAGCAGGGUGUCUUAUUCACUUACUGAAAAUUCAGAAUCGUUAAUGAUGAUUCAGUUUAGUAACGUGCCUCUUGAUAAAAUUAAUUUGAUAAAAGACAAACUGUUUGAAUUGCUCGGCGAUUUUGUUAAAAAUACGGACAAACAGCUCGAUAUGAAACGACUUGCCACAGUCAUCCACAGAUCGAGGCUCGAGUCCAUGGCAAAUUUGGAAGAUACCCCAUACGAUUUGAUCGCUUUCACCGUAAUUGGUUUUAUGCUCUAUGGCAAUACAAAAGAAGACUUUCACCAAAGAUUAAAUUAUAUCAGUGAUCUAGAUAAAAUGGAGAAGGAACCGGCAGAGUUUUGGUUGGAUCUCUUGAAAACAUAUUUCAUCGACGGAGUGAGUGUGACGAUCAAAGGAAUACCAAGCAUUCAAGCUCAGAAGAAGAUCGCUGAGGAAGAAGAGGAGAGGGUCAUAAAAAGGGUCAAAGAAUUCGGUCCGGAAGGAUUGGCGAAUCUAGAAAAAACUGUAGAAAAAGCUGUGGCUCAGAAUAACGAGCCUCCUCCAGACGAGAUGCUGAAGUUUGUGCCAGUCCCUUCAAUCGACUCGAUUCAUUUCCAUUCGAUCAAAUGCUACACUAGCAAGUCCCCUGAUGCAGAUCCUAGAUUCAGUUUUAAUAAAGUCCCGCUGAACAUGCAACUCACAGACCUCCAUACUAAUUUUGCAUAUAUUUAUGUCCUAAUGGACAGCAGUAAAAUUAAAUCUGAUCUGCGCCCUUAUUUGAAUUUGUUGACAUCUUCAUUUCUCCAGUCUCCAGUACAAAGAGGUGAUACCUUGGUACCUUAUGAAGAAGUUGUUCAUCAGUUAGAAGAAGAUACGGUGGCUGCGGAAAUUAGAAUUGGUGUAACUUCGGGCAAAACUUUUAACUGUGGGCCUUACCCAGAUACAGUUUGUCUGAUGCUUCAAGUCGAACCCAAAAAAUACGAUAAGGGUAUAAAAUGGCUUAAGGAAAUUCUUUACAAUGUUGUGAUAACCACUGAAAGGUUGAAAAUCAUAGCCAUGAAGAUAAUAAACGAUGUCCCUGAGUAUAAACGUUCAGGAAGUAAAAUGGUUUAUGAUCUUUUGAAGGGGAUUUUGUUUGGGAAAGAAAAUAACCAUUAUGGAACAAACGUCCUCGUUCAGUACAAUUUCCUUACCCAAGUCUUAUCCCGUUUGGAUGAAAAAGACGGCAUAGAAGCAGUUUUGAAAGAAAUACAGAAUGUCAGGGAUGUGCUGACAAAUCCUGAAAACAUGACUGCUCAUCUGGCUGUGAAUCUUGACAUUCUAACUAAACAUUUCAGCGAUCCUGCAGCAAUUUGGGAACACUUCCUUCCGACUGGCCUGUCACCAAUUAGAGUGCCGAUGAAUUCAACACCUGAAUGGAAGAUAAUUAAAGAAAAUCUCAAAGAAUCAUGUGUUACUGGUAUCGGUUCAGUUGAGAGCAGUUUCCUCUGUAUGGCCUCGCCGUGUAUCACUGAUUACAAUCAUCCUGACCUAGCCCCACUUCUUGUAUUUUUGCAAUAUGUGUCACAGUUUGAGGGCCCGAUGUGGAAAUUGAUUCGUGGCCUGGGCUUUGCGUAUUCAUAUUACAUUAUCCCAAGGCCGAGCCAGGGAAAAUUGUUCUUUUCUCUUUACAGAGCGAGUAACAUAAUCGGUGCUUACAAACAAGCCAAAUUAAUUCUUGAAGAACGUUUGAAACCGAAUACCGAAUGGGACCAGAAUCUAUUCGAGUCCGCCAAGAGCUCGGUGAUAUACGAGACUGUCCAGAAAGAGAAGUGCAUAGGCAAUGUUGUAACAGAAGCGUUGCUUUCUUUUUUUAAAAGUGUAUCUCCGGAUUACAAUAGGAAGCUAGUUAAAAAAUUAUCUAACGUUUCCAUUGAAGAUUUAGUUAAAAUCGGUCCAAAGUACAUCGCCCCAAUGUUUGAUCCUGAUGUCACAAGGGUCUCAGUUGUCUGCCAUCCUUCUAAAGUUGAAGAAAUCAGUAAAAACUUGAAUGAAUUGGGGCUAAGAACAACACCGUACAGUACUGUUGAAGAGAGUUUUGCUGUCCUCUGGUGAUAAAUAUUUGAAAGAAAUGCAAAAAUAAGUUAUAUUUUCACAUCCUGGUUUGUUAUUUAAAAUGGCUAUCUUAAUUAUGAAACAACUCCAUUAUUUUUUUAAAAUUUGAUCUUAAUAACUUCUUAAAACAAGCACUGUAAUUCAAUGUUUUCAAACCUAAUCAUAAUUAAUCUAUGAAAGUUUUCUUUCAAAUUCAGUUUUCUAAUUUAAAAUAAAAUAAUAAUUGUAAGACUUUAACAUAUGCCUUAAAAUCAAAAGAACGAUGUGUGAUUUUAUAUUAUUUGCAAAUAAACAUAUUUUCUAUUAUUAUAUAUCCUGUUAUUGAAAAGGAAUUACUUCCAAGAAUGCAUGUUUUUCUCAAAUUUAAUUUAUUUAAAACCUAAAAAUACAGGCACUUGUAUGUUUAGCUUUACAACAAACCACUUUAACAUGAAAAAUAAUUAUAUUUUACUGUACUAUUUUAAAUGAGAAUAAAAUUGGAAAAAGGUU